AUGCUCGCCACCGGUGGCAUGGUUAAGGUUGGUGGUGGCUCGAAGGCUCGUCAUCCGAACGACUUGCCCUUUGAUGAGGCGGGGCAUAGUGAAAGCCGCGGUGACAAUAAAGUCAUGACGUCAGUCACCCUCGCCUGUCAACAGAUGCAACCAGGGAGGCGCCGGGUGCGAACCAUGCUUGAUCGCCACUAUACUAGGAGCUUAAGCUGGCGAUCUCGAAAGUCUCGAAAAGAACGCAGAGGCGAUACGCAUAAUGUUGCUACUCAGCUGACGCGGUACUUGAGGAGUCUCGGAUCCACGGAUGUGCUGUACUACUUCUUUGGCCCGCCUCCUGAAUUGAACCAGCGGUUGUAA